ACCUGACAAUCCUCUUGUGAAAAAGCCACUAUAGCAUCUUACUGUUGCUCGUGACAACGGUGCUAUAAUUACUUUGACAAUGACAUCGAAAUCUAUCCCUUCAGACUUCCACUUCAAAUUCUCAACAGUGACUGGCUAUUUCCUCCAAGAUGAGCCAGAUACUGAUCCUGAAAACUUCGACUAUGUGACAUCCAAUUUCGGCCUCAUACCUCGAAACUACGACACCGAGUUAGACCCAGAAGGUCACAAAACCCAAUGGGAACGCUUCGAACACCACCUUAACAGAUUAAACCGGGACAGCAGCCCCGACACGCAAUUCAAACUCCUCUUCCUAGGCCGACACGGAGAGGGGGUGCACAAUGUCGCGGAAAGAAAAUACGGCACCGAACUCUGGGAUUGCUACUGGUCUCUCCAGGACGGCGACGAAACCGGCACCUGGGUCGACGCCCGUCUCACAGAUCUAGGAAUCUCCCAAGCCCAAACAGCAAACAAGGCCUGGAAAGCGCAAAUCCAGAACAAAAUCCCCGCUCCCCAAUCAUACUACGUGAGCCCCCUGAACAGGUGUCUAGCUACCGCCAGCGUCACCUUCAAGGGCCUCGGUUUACCACACACGGAGCCAUUCCGGCCGGUGAUCAAGGAGCUCCUCCGCGAAACUCUCGGCCUUCAUACCUGUGACAGCCGCUCCAGCAAGGCAGCCAUCGAGCAGGAAUACCCGCUGUACCGAUUCGAAGACGGCUUCGCGGAAGAAGACCCCCUGUAUGACCCGAAGCUACGAGAAUCUGACUCGGCGCGCGAUGCCCGGCUCCGGGAUCUACUGCUGGAUAUCUUUGCGCGGGAUGAGAGUACGGUCGUCUCUUUGACGGCGCAUUCGGGUGCUAUCACGAGUAUCUUAGAGGUGGUGGGACAUCGGCGGUUUGCGUUAAUGACGGGGGCUGUUAUUCCGGUUCUGGUUCGGGCGGAGAGGGUUGCUGGGCCGAAGCCGCCGAUGAGGGUUGAGUCGCCUUCUGGUGCGCCGGCUUGUCGGGAGGGGGUGCUUUAGAUGGUUGAGCGUAGUUUGGGCUUGAUAUUUUUAUAGAGGGCUAGGUGGUCAUAGAAGUGGGUGUUGUUGUGACCAUAGAUUCGCUAUUCUGAAAGGGAUGUGAUUGAUGAGAGAGCAUGCUGAUAUAUGUAGUAUAUUUCAAUAUUGUACACGUGGUGAGCUCUGUCCACUACAAGCUCCUUGAAAAUUUGGUCCGUCCUAGAUAGCACUUAACUGA